AUGUCCCUAGUGUCAAGAGGACUUCGAUCAGGUGCUUUAGAUAAUCCCCGAGCAGCACAAGAAAUUUUAAGAUCGAUGGGCCAUGAUAUGUCCAUUAAUGGCAUCCGCAAGUCAUUGAGACGAAAUGGACUUAAAUCUCGUAGAAAAGUAAAGACCAAUUUUGUUAGCAAGACAAACAAGCGGCUUCGAUUGGCGUGGGCUAAAAAGCAUAGGCAUCUUACUAUUGCUGAUUGGCGUCGUUGGGUGUUUUCGGAUGAAACAAGAAUAAACCUUCGGGGCUCAGAUGCGGAGGGGCCUGGUUAUGGUACUACCAUUAUUGAAGACGCAAUAAACUCGGGCCUGUAUGUCGAUAUUUCGAAGACAUCAUUGAACGACACUCUUGAGCACUUUGGGAAGACACCAUCUGAUGUGCGAUUUCAACAAGACAGAGCAACACCGCAUACAUCGGGCAUUACUAAACAAUGGUUUACUGACAAUGGGUUUAACCUAGACGAAAUAAUGGAUUGGCCACCCCAAAGUCCCGAUCUUAAUCCCAUUGAACAUGUCUGGCAUCUCCUAAGGCUUCGUCUUAAUAAGUAUCCCACUAGGCCCUCUACAAAAGAAGAAUUAGAGCGGCGUAUUAACAUUCAGUGGUACAAAAUAACAGAAAAAGAGUGCCAGAAAUAUAUUGAUAGUAUGCCUGCCCGAAUCAAGGCUGCCAUCAAGAGCAAAGGUGGUUCAACUCACUAUUAA